UAGAAACUGGGGCCGCCACAUCCCGACGCUUGCAGGAGCCUCAUCAACGCCAACGCUUGCCCCAACCUCUCCGUUCUCAUCGCGAGUCCCACCGCCCGGCCGUACAAACGUUUUUCCCCGAUCCACUCCAUCCUCCCGCCGCUGGACGCUUCUCCGACCUGGAUUUCUCUCCGCUUGCAUAGUUACGUUUGCUCGCUAUAGCUGAAUUGGAAGGAAAUAAUUGAAGGAUGGCGACAACAUCACUAAUUUCUGAAGCAUUCAGAAGUUUAAGCACCUGGGCCCACCCCUGGUCCUCGGAGGUGGCGGCUGAGCAGGGUGGCGCAUCGAGGUUGUUCACGGGGGCCGCGGACUUUGCCGUGGACAAUAACACAUUCGCGCAGGCGCAGAUCAGGGCUGCUUUUUACCCCAAAUUCGAGAACGAGAAGUCCGAUCAAGAGACAAGAAAACGGAUGAUUGAGAUGGUGUCGCGUGGCUUUGCUACCAUGGAGGUUACGCUGAAGCAUUCAGGAUCUCUAUUCAUGUAUGCUGGUUAUCGUGGAGCAUAUUCCAAGAAUAGCUUUGGAAACAUCUACACUGCUGUGGGCGUUUUUGUCCUGGACCGUAUGUUUCAUGAAGCUUGGGGGAAGGAAGCUCCUCAAAUGCAAGCUGAAUUUAAUGAUUAUCUCCAGAAAAACCGGAUAAACAUUUCAAUGGAACUUGUGACGGCUGAAUUAGGAGACCAUGGGCAACGGCCAAAGGAUGAUUAUGCCGUGGUCACAGCUGUAACAGAGUUGGGUCAUGGAAAACCGAAGUUCUAUUCUACUCCAGCCGUGAUUGCCUUUUGUCGAAAAUGGCGCCUAUCAACAAAUCAUGUCUGGCUAUUUUCCACGAGGGAAUCUGCCACUUCUUUUUUCGGUGCCUAUGAUGCAUUGUGUGAAGAGGGGACUGCCACACAAGUUUGCAAAGCCCUUGAUAAAAUAGCUGACAUAUCUGUACCAGGGUCAAAGGAUCAUUUAGUGGUACAGGGUGAGAUACUUGAAGGUCUGGUUGCCCGUAUUGUUAGUCAUCAAAGUUCAGAUGAAAUGAAAGAAGUCUUGAGAAGCCUCUCAGAGACUCCAUUCCAUGGAGUUGACUCCGAUUUAGGACCAAGUUUACGUGAAAUAUGUGCGGCUAAUAGGUCAGAUGAAAAACAGAAAAUUAAAGCACUUCUUGAAAAUGUCGGAUCUUCAUUGUGUCCAGACCACUCUGAUUGGCUUGAUGCUCAGUCUCCAAACGCUGAUAAAUCAUUUGUCACUUACUUUUUGGAAGCACAUCCUACAGACUAUGCAACUAAGAAAUUGCAGGAGAUGAUUCGUUUGAUGAAGCAGAGACAUUUCCCUGCAGCGUUCAAAUGUUACUCGAAAUACCAAAAUGCUGAUAACUUGUAUUACAAGAUGGUUAUCCAUGUGCGCAGUGAUUCUAUUUUUAGACGUUAUCAGCAACAGAUGAGGAAAAAUCAAGGGUUAUGGCCACUGUACAGGGGUUUCUUCGUUGAUAUAAACCUGUUCAAGGUGAACAAUAAGAAGGCUGCUGAAGUUUCCAAAGACAGUAACACUUCACUGGAAAUUAUUGACUGUGCCUUGAAUUCAAGUUUGUUAGCUAGGGAUGGUCUGGAUGACGAGGACUCAAGUUUGAUGCUCAAACUAAAAUUCCUGAAUUAUAAGAUCAGGACAAUUUUAAUUCGGGAUGGCCUCUCCACCCUUUUCAAAGAAGAUGGUCUAUCUGAUUAUCAAACUUAUUACCUGAGGCAAAUGAUGAAUUGGGGAACAUCAGCACGUAAACAGGAAGAGCUUUGUGAACUGUUGGAUCAAUGGGCUGUCUACAUUAGAGAGAAGUGUGGCAAUAAGCCACUCUCGACCUCAGCGUAUCUUAGUGAGGCAGAGCCUUUUCUUGAACAAUAUGCUAAGCGCAGCCCUGCAAACCGGGCUUUGGUAGGGGCUGUUGGUGUCUUGGAUCAAGCAGAAAAUUUGAGAGAUGGAGAGCAUGAUCUUCAGCCAGAACGUGGGGCAGCACCUUCUAGUCCUACAAGGUCCCUGGUGAUCCCUGGUGAUGCUAUCCAUCCCCAACCCGAUGUGCAAACGAACCUUGUCGAUGAUCAUGCUCACGGCAUGGUGGAUUUGGAAGCAUUAGAACAAGGACCUCUUGGACAACCCUUAGACCUUAGUAUCCUCGCUGCUUGACACGAUCAAAACAGAGGCAAAAUCGUGGGUUAGCGCAGCAGCACGGGGUCUUCGGCAGCUUAUCCCUAGUUAGCUUUCUGGGUUGAGUUAUAUGGCACGGUGUUAAUCCAUUAUUGGGCUUGUACAUAUAACUUUCUUUUCUAUCAAUGCAUCAAAAUGCAAUGCUUUUUGCGUUUUUGCGACAAAAAGUCAUACACCAUGUUUCCAAAACUGAGGGCCUUAUUGUCUUCUU